GCAUGCAUGCGACCGACGGGCUGAUUUCAUAACGUGGGGAGGAAGAGAGGAAUGGGGCUUUGAGAGCGAAUGAGCGCCAGACCCGCUAGGCUCUAUGCACCAACAGUGUUAGGCUAUCUCUACUCCCGGGCCAUGCAGACGCUGCGCUAGAGGAGAUGCGGUAGUGGAGGCUGCGGAUGCUGCGGUCCGAUCAGCUGUUAUUUGUGUCUUGAGCAUCAUCGCCGUGACGGCCAGAGAGAUCGAGAUCAAGCUCCGGAGCCAGGGACACCGCAGACCGGAUAACAGAGGAUGGAGUUCAAGCAUCUGGUGGAGGCGGCGGAGAAGUGGUGCUCCGGCAACCCGUUCGACCUCAUCUUCGCCGAGGAGGACGACGAGAGGCGGCUGGACUUUUACGCAGAGCCCGGAGUCUCCUUCUACGUGCUGUGUCCCGGCGGCACCGACAGCUUCCAUGUGUGGAGCGAGAGCGAGGACUGCCUUCCCUUUCUACAGCUGGCCCAGGACUACAUCUCCUCCUGUGGGAAGAAGACUCUUCUGGAGGUCCUGGAGAAGGUCUUCACGUCCUUCAGGCCUCUGCUGGGUCUUCCAGACAUAGAAGAUGACAGUUUUGAGCAUUACCACACUGACAUGGAGGGGGAACCAGGGCCCGACCAACAGCAGAUGGGGGUCAGCCAGCAGUGAUGAGCCCCAAGAAGAGGCCUACAGCUGGGGCAGAGCUGCCUAUGAGCCCUGAGCCUCAACUCAUCAGCCCAAACACUUACCAACACACUCGUUAUCCAAACACACACACGCACCCGCACACACACGCACGCACGCACGCACACACACACACACACACACACACACACACACACACACACACACACACACACACACACACACAGUUGCACACGCAUACUUACAGUCAUCUUGCUAAAAAUGCACCACCAUGUUCUUGAAUGUCUCAGUGGCUUUGCUUCCCAAAGAGUGCGCUCUGUUGCACUUUGUUGACCCCUUACUAAACACACACACACACACACACACACACACACACACACACACACACACACACACACACACACACACACACAAACACAUUAGGGCUACGUGAGCUGUAGCUAUGUAAAAUGCAAGACUCAUAAUCAUUCACCAUUUGGUUAGUUAAAGUUCCAAAGCACAGCAAUAUUACAUCGGCCUCAGCUGGCUUUGUUAUGCAGAAAUACAGUCAGAUGUAACCGCGAUACACACUCCCCUUUUGCUCUGGAGAUGAAUGUGACAGAUAACCUACUCUCUGCCUGUCUGUUGACACAGAGGAUACACGAGAGCUAGAUGAAUGAUGAAAGGGUGAAAGCUGACGGUUUGUGGAUACGUGAGGCAACUGGAGUGACGCAAGGAGGGAGGUCUAGCAACAAAGAGCGGUAGAACUUUCCGCUUCAUGGAGGGAAAGAAGGAGGGAGCUGAGGAGUGAGGAUGUAUAGUCGUGACGUAGAUUCAGGUGGGGCAGCUCUCAGAGUAUCCUGUUUUAAACAAACCGUUAAAAUAGUUGUAUGGGUUACAGUCAAAAGCAUUUUACACCUUCGCUCCUCAUGUGGAAAUCAAAGCGUGCAGCUUUACAGUAGCAUGGAUCAUAGUGUGGAGCUGUGUCUCUUAGUGUUUCCAAGAGUUAAAAGUCACUGUAUGAGGACGUUUUUAAUCAGUGUUACUAUCAUAUGACCAUCACAACAAAGGUUCAUGCUGCAGCUUAAACCCUUCCUGGUUUGGGUGCCUCAUUGUCACAUGACACCCUUAUAAUUCUUCUAUCCCGUAGUCUUUCUGGUUGCUGGUGGUUCACAGUUUGCCCUCAUUUCUCAGCACAGUCUGAUGAGAUACUCUCCUAAAUUUAGCCCAGAUCUCUUUAGUGUGUGUUGUUUUGAAUCUAUCCGCCUCUCUCAAGGUUUCUCCCGACCAUAAAUUUAACGAGUGCACACCCAAACCCCUGAGUGAUAUCAGAGGGAAGAGAAAAUAUUUGUUGUUAGCCACCCUCUGCCUACCUUGUUACUUCUACUCUGAGUGUGUUGUUGUAGGCUGUGUCACAUCCAAGUGCACUGCAAUGCUUCAGGCCCCCUUCGCCCUCAACAACUUGAUCCACAUGCAAGACUGUAUCAGAUUUAUCUUUACAUUUGGCCCAUUUACUUUGGCUUGUAGAUGUUUUGUCUUUUUGUUGCCUCUUUGAAUGUUUCUCAUACAGUGUAUCUUCUGUUUGCCCCCCAAUGUGUGUGAAAUUGUUCAAUAAACCGUGUGAACAGAG